AUGAAUAAAGCUGUAAGAGUUAGAUACUCUAGUCUUGAUGAAUCUCGAACAAAUACAAAAAGAUAUUAGAUUGUUUAUACAGUUACUGAUUCAAUAAGAACUCAAGUGAAUAAUUUAAAGUUUAAUCAUCAUCCUUUGAGUUAUUAUAUAUCUAGAAUAUGCAAGAAUGUAAAAGAAAUGCGAAGAUAUCGUACAGAUGCAUAUAUAAGAAAUUAAUUGAGUAAGAUUUAUGCAUAAACAAUUCAUCUCAAAGAAAUACAUGAUGUAUUUAAAGUACCUGUGUAAUAUAUGAGUGAAGAUCUUAUUCUUUCAAGAUGUACGUUGUAAUUGAUUUCUUAAAUGACACAUUAAUAUACAUUGAGACCUCAAUAAUAAUUAACUCAUUUUAUGUAGUGGAUGGCCUACUUCGAUGAUUAGGUCUAUUUGGAAAUGUAGAGAAUUCAUGAGGGGUAUUUGUUGUAAAUACAGAAAAAUAUUCAAGAUCAAUAUACAACUAAUGUUAUUAAACAAUAAUAAAUUAAACAUUAAAUUCAUCCAAGGAAAAAGGAUAUGUACAAUUAUGUCAAUCGACUUAUAACAAAGCCAUCUUUUAGAACUAUGAGUCGGAUAUCUGUCUUGGAAAAUUAUGAAACUAAAUUUGGUGAGUUUUAAUUAAUUACACCAUAUGCUCGAAGUUAUGCUAAACAGUUAGAUACAAUUUCUUAGAAUCUCAAUACAAUAGAAUGA